UCUUCCGCGAAGCGUUUGGUGAGUUCCCGCCAGAUGUUGAAGUUUCAUUUCCAAUCGCCACUGCUGGCUCCUCCUCCCAAGGCCUUUUUCCGAAGCCGAGUCUUCUCCCUCUGGGGAGACGAGAGCGCCAGCAAUGGCCCCGCGGCGCAGAAAGGCGACGGGAGCAGCUUCGGAGGCGGAAGCCGCCGCCCCCAGGGUCUCGGCGCCGCGUGUGAAGGGCGCCCCGACCGAGCCUAGAGAGUCCCCGGCCGUCCCUGAGGCCGCCCGGCCCAGCGCGCGGAGGUGCGGCCCCGCCAGGCCUUCGGGAUCCCGGAGGGAGAAGAGCGGCCCGGAACCCCAGGAGAAGCGGCAGGUACGCGCGCGGGCGGUACGCGCGCGGGCUGCCCGCGCCGAGGACCGGGUGGAAGGUCCGCCUGCUCGGACCGAAGGGGUGAUGCCUCCCGCGGCCCCGGGGCCGCCCCUUCCCAGGCGUGCAUCUCGCCGCGAGGGCACCGCGCGCUCCGCUCGGGAGCGGAGACCUCAGCCCGGGCCCACGGAGGUCCCCGGCCCGCUGGUCCCAGUCUCCAGUCUCGGGCGCGGGAAGGAGGCGCCCGGCGCCUGGAAGCCCCGGGCGGUAUUGGACAAGUUGAGGCUGAGCCGCCAGGAAAUCUCUGAGGCGGCGGAGGUAGUGAACAGGCUCACGGACCACCUGCUGCGGAGACUGCAGAGCUGUGAGUCCGAGUUCAAAGGCGUCGCGCUGCUGCGCACCGGGAGCUACUACGAGCGCGUGAAGAUUUCUGCUCCUAAUGAAUUUGAUGUUAUGUUCAAACUGGAGGUCCCCCGAAUUCAGCUAGAAGAAUAUUACAACAGUGGUGCUCAUUACUUUGUGAAGUUCAAAAGAAAUCCCAAAGGAAAUCCUCUGGGUCAGUUUUUAGAAGGGGAAAUAUUAUCAGCUUCUAAGAUGCUGUCGAAGUUUAGGAAAAUCAUUAAGGAAGAAAUUAAAAAUAUUGAAGAUACAGAUGUCAUGGUGGAGAGGAAGAGAAGAGGGAGCCCUGCAGUAACACUUCUGGUUAGAAAACCUAAAGAAAUAUCUGUCGAUAUAAUCCUGGCUUUGGAAUCCAAAAGCAGCUGGCCUGCUAGCACCAUGGAAGGCCUGCCCAUCAGUAACUGGCUUGGAGCAAAAGUCAGGAACAGUUUAAGACGACAGCCAUUUUACCUGGUACCCAAGCAUGCAAAGGAAGGAAGUGGUUUUCAAGAAGAAACAUGGCGUCUGUCCUUCUCUCACAUUGAAAAGGAAAUUUUGAAAAAUCACGGACAAUCUAAAACAUGCUGUGAAACUGAUGGAGUGAAAUGUUGCAGGAAAGAGUGUUUAAAACUAAUGAAAUAUCUUUUAGAACAACUGAAAAAAAAGUUUGGAAACCGAAAGGAACUGGAUAAGUUCUGUUCUUAUCAUGUGAAAACUGCCUUCUUUCACGUCUGUACCCAGGACCCAGAUGACAGUCAGUGGCACUCCAAGGAUUUGGAGCUCUGCUUUGAUAACUGUGUGACAUACUUUCUUCAGUGCCUCAAGACAGAACAACUUGAGCAUUAUUUCAUUCCUGAAGUCAAUCUCUUCUCUCGAGACCAUAUUGACAAGCUAAGUAAAGAAUUUCUGUCAAAGCAAAUUGAAUAUGAAAGAAACAAUGGAUUUCCAGUUUUUGGUGAAUUUUGAAAUUAUAUUUUUAAAAAGAAUCAAGAAUUAGAGUGACUUUAUAAUCAUUGAAAUGCAUCACAGCAAUGAUUGACUAAAAUGAUUAUUCAGCUCUCUGUUUCUCUUCAUAAACUCUAAUCAAUAUAAAAGGAUGGAUUAUCCUAGGAAACAGAUUAUUCAAGGAAUAAGAAGCAAAGGAGUAUUUAAAAUAUAAAAGCUUUACCAGAGUGGCAUGAAAAGAAGGACAAAAUACAUAUCACCGCAAUUAAAUUCAUCAAGCACUGACUGAACACCACCUCUCACCUAGCACAGAUGUGUGGAAGGAGGCAAGGUCAUUGCCUCCACGAACUGGUAGGUUUUGUUUAACAUACAAAUAUGUUUGGAAGCCAUGUCCUGUCCUAUGUGUUAGGAUAGGUAAGAAGGAAAUGAAAAAAUAGGUUCUGUGUGUCCUGGGAAAUUCUUAAUCUUUCAUAGAAAAAUAUAGGAUACUUUUCUACACAUGGCUAAAUAUAAAACAUAACUUACUUUCUUUUAAGUAAUACUUUUAUAUGUAUUUCUGAAAAGGCAAUACACACAUGGUACAAAACUCAAAGAAAAGGGUAUGGGAUAAAAUGCCAUCCUCUCUCCUCUGCACUUAGGCAGCAUUCAACUUGAGGCAGUUGCUGUCUGUUAACUUUUUCCUAUUCAGAUAUUUUGCACAUUUUCUUACUGGUUUUUUUUUAUUGUUUUCUCAUUGUCAUUUUGUUGUCAUUCUCAUAU